UACAUUUCCCAAGCUAUUGAUUGACUUAGAUGCUGCAGGUACAUGGUACAAAAAAAAAAAAAAAAAGUACCUUCCAUUCGGACCCAGAACGUGGGGCAAGUUCAGGACAUGUUGAGGAGUCUCUCCAGUGGAGUGAGUCCAUUGAAUACACUCAACUGUACAUAACAGUUUCACCAGAAAAGCGAGUGAUGCAGGCUAAAAAAAAAAAAUGAGUUGGCCGAAAUUCUAGUCGAGUUUUGAGCGGUCAAAGAAUUAAGAGAGGGAUGUAGGGAAAACACAGUAGCACUAAUGUUUCAGCCCAGCCAACGCUCAUACGGGAAUUAAGAACAGAAACUCCACUGGAAGUCACUUCAGACAAUGUACUUCACAGGCUGUCACACGUGUCAGACAUACAACUUCCAACUUAGGAAUUUCAUUCAUAUUUUUUUUCCCUCUGCUUGGGACACAGAUUGUGCCAUUUAGGGAGUUUUGACUUUGGGUUUCAGUCAGCGCCGUACGCCUCAAGGGCUUUUUUGAAAAAAAUAUUUCCCAUUCCUGUUUCCUGUAGUCUGCGUAGAGAUUCCUGGCUUGUGUGCAAGAGUGAAAGCAUGACACUCCCUAAGAGUAAUUAUCAACCUCGUGACAAAGGUGCACAGCAUGUCAGCGAGAGAAGGCUUUUUGGCUGCCGGCCAGCAUGUGUUAGUCAGCGGAAACUACAACAUUUCUCUAGGUUUUUAUUUUUGACAAGAACAGAAAGAGAUACGAUCUUGACGGGGGCUUUCAGAAUCAUGAAUUCCUAGAAGUAAACAAUAAACCGGUCAUCAUGUUUUGAGAAAUGACACAGAGAGCGAAAAUGAAAGGCUGAGUUGAGGGUGAGACUGCACUUUUUUUUUUUACGAGUUGCCACACCUCCCUUCCUUAUUUGGACUGACAGUCUGGGUAUAAACACUCACGUAGCUCGCAUGGAUCACACACACAUACACAGUCACUGAGGCUUGUCAUUCAACGGGAGAAGAGAUUGAUCUGUACAUGGCACAGAUAUACAGUGGAGGGCAGCUUCAGAACUUCAUUGAUGGCUAUGAUGUAAACAGUAGCAACUGGAUGCGCUAUGUCAACCCGGCCCGAUCCCUGGCUGAGCAGAACCUGGUGGCGUGCCAGAAUGGCCGGGACAUCUACUUCUACACCAUCCAGCCGGUUGAACCCAAACAAGAGCUGCUUGUGUGGUACAGCCAGGAGUUCGCACAGAGGCUAUGCAGCCAGCAGAAUGAAAGCAAACACAGAUACAUCGGCGCCGAUGAGGAAAAUGAGCCCGAGCACAACAAACAUCUACCUCCGCAGAAGUGGCCCAAAGAAAGAACAAGAGAGGGGGUGAAAGAGGAAGAGGAGGAGGAGAAGGUCGACGUAGAGAUGCUGGAAAGAGACACCCCGCCUGACACUCCUGAUGACCAAAUCAUGGACUUCAGCAAGAAAAUCGGAAAGGAGGAGAAGACAGAAGAGCGGGAGGCUGUUGCUUCCCCUGAGCACAGAGAGCUUAAUCUCAACCAUCCGUAUUUAGCUGGUGACCUCUCAUCGCUGCCCCCGGGCCAAAGAACUGUCCCCCUUCACCUGCACGGCCUCUACGGUCACCGCGAAGGGCUGGUAUCCUCUUACCCCCUCUACCCUCACUCCAGACCCCUGCAGCCCACGUACCAGCUCCUUCCUCCCUACAACCCACACUACCCACGUCUCCUUCUUCCAUCCUACUCCCCUCCAUUCCCAGGAAUGCUGCCAUCAAGAGGACCCCUUCGGUAUAGCAGCUACUUGGGUACAGACGGAAUCCCUUACCCGCCAAUUGGGCCCCCAAAUCUACUUCCCGUCUCCCUACCGUACCCAGCGUCUCCUCAGGGUGGCCUAAAAGAACUCACCCCAAAUAUAUCCCCUCCACGAGGUGCCCCAGCGACACCAGAGCUCUCCCCGCUUCCAAGCAGCCAGACCCCCGAACAGUCUCCGUUGGGAUGCGAGGAGGCCAUGAACUUGACCCUGUCAGGCAAAAACAGCGCGCCACAUAACCGUCCAGGCCACAAAUCCCUGCCGUACCCCUUGAAAAAACAAAAUGGAAAGAUUAAAUAUGAAUGUAACAUCUGUUCAAAGACCUUCGGACAGCUGUCAAACCUCAAGGUCCACCUACGAGUGCACAGCGGUGAGAGGCCGUUCCAGUGCAACUUAUGUAAGAAGAGUUUCACCCAACUGGCUCACCUGCAGAAGCAUCACCUAGUUCACACUGGAGAGAAACCACAUGAAUGCCAGGUGUGUCACAAGCGCUUCAGCAGCACCAGCAACCUGAAAACACAUUUACGGCUCCACUCCGGGGAAAAGCCCUACCAGUGCAAGCUGUGUAGCACCAAGUUCACCCAGUACAUCCACCUCAAACUGCACCGACGCCUCCACAGCAGCCGGGACCGUCCUUACCGCUGCCAGCUCUGCAACCAGACCUUCUUCCACCGCUUCUCCCUCCGCAUUCACCAGCGGGGCUGCUGCUUAGCCAGCGCGCCAGUCAACAUUCACAUGAAAGAAAUGCUGGAGAGAUUCGACGCCAGCCAAGAGGCGGACACGCUCGCCGAGACGGCAUCGGCGCUACAGGUGGAGGAGGCCGUGGAGCGCUGGUUGGCUCGCACAUUAGAAGGAGAGGGGAAGGAGGACCAGAAGGAGGCGACGUCGCUGCUGAAAUCUUUAAUGGCGGCAAUAAACUCGCCGGUGAUUACACAGCACGGCACACCGGUGACUCACCACACCUACCAGGAGAGAGCCAGCGUCGUUCAUCUGCACAAGCGGCCAGUUGUCAAGACCGAAGGGUAGUGAGGGGAGAAGAUGCCUCGGUUUAAGCCAAAACAAAGGGAAUGAUAGAGAUGAGCCAAAAGAAUUGCAUUCCAAAGACUGCGAGAAGGGUGACUGUAGCACCUCGUUCACAAAGAAAUGAACACUAGAGGGAGUAAAUUUGGGUCUUGUUUGUUCAUGCGAUGGUUGAGGAUCAAAGGGAAACAUUGGAUGAACAAAUGACUGAACAAACAGACUGAUCUUGUAAAGCUGUGAAUUCUUUCUAAAUAUGUUCACUCAGGUAGAAAAUCGUGUGCUCGUCUGCAUUAACUUAUUACUCACCGGAUUUUUUUUUUUUUUUUUUUUCAUUGUAGCUGUAUUUAUUUAGAUGUAUUUAAUGAAGUCACAAGCUAGACUCAGGAACAAUUCUGUGGCACAAGUCAUUGUUUACAACCAUCCCUCACAUGAGUCAGGUUCUGCAACUGUAUCUUAUUUAUUUAUUGGAAAUCUUUUUUGUUUUAUCUUUUAAUUUUUGAGUUUGCCAAAAAUGGUAACAAAAAUAUAAUAAUAAUAAAGGAAGUCAUGACAGUAUUGCGCAAAGCCAAAUAGCAACAACUGAAACCAAAUACUUGAUUGUGAAUACAUUAUUUUAAAAAAAAAAAUGUCGUACCUGCUGAAUUGCUUCAAGUGUUUCUUACAAAGCUUUACCCUGUAAAUACAAUCCUCGAAAGCUUUAUCCAAACAUGAUUUCAUCAUAAUAUGAUAUGGCACAUCCUGUCAGCACAUUGGUAGCAGCGUAGCAGUUUAUUAUCUUUCUCUGAGAGAGAAGUAGAUCUGUGUUUUUACAUCGAAAUGCAGGGAUUAUGUGGUUUCUUUUUUAAUAAUUUAGUUGGUUGUUUUCUGUCUGUCUGUCCUUGUAGUUCUAUUUUUGGUGAUGAGAUGUCGAGAAUGUAUAUGCAAGAGACUAUUUUGACAGUUUUUUUUUAUAUUAAAUGAUGUAGCAAUAAAGAUAUUCUUUCAAUA